CUCCCCAGGCUUAUCAGCUGCUGUCCUGGGUCCCAUGUUGUGCACAUCACAUCGAGGCCCACCAAGUUUUCCCUGCACUCUCCUGCCAAGUUGAUAUCGUAUAGCACCUGACUCUGUCUAUCCCUGUCUGAACAAGGUCUCAGAACAAGGCUCAAGCUUCUUCUUUAAUGUCUCCUGCUACAAGGCCUCUUGUUAAAGCCAAAACAAAACCGUGCUAAACUGGGUCACUCUGAGGCUGUUGCUGUUGGAGAGAUACACACAGACUCAAUUACAAGAUGUCUGACCAACAGGAUUCCGUUGUCACCAAUGGGGUUCCUGACGUAGAAAAGAGUUCUGAGAGUUGUGCGAGUGACAUUCCUCUUGGAGAAACCGAACAGUUAGUACCAGUUGCCAAACUCCAACAGAAGGAAAUCUACUCCAGUCCCCUCAUCAACGGAGGAGUAGUAGACCAUCCACAACCAAACUCAGAGUCUGAUGGAGAAGACAAAGACAACCAGGAGACAGCUGCUGAGGAACCUGCAGUGAUAACCCCAUCAAGAAUACCUGAAGCACCAGCCAAACUACCCAGAUCCCCUGAACAAGAGGGACCUCAAGGGGAUCCUCUCUCAGGCAACUGCUGCCCCUGCUGUCCCCAUACUACAGGUGCCUCGGUGCCCCUGAAGCUGUCGGAUGUGUCCCUGGCCACAGCAGAGCAGCUCUGGUGCACCUCCAGGGACCAGGCGGUUAAGCUGAGGAUGGCUGAGACUGGGCCGGGAUCCGAGGCCCCCAUGACUGUCCACCAGAUGUUCUUAAAGACGGUGAAGAUCUAUGGAGACCUGCCCGCGGUGGCAUCCAAGAAAGAGGGGCAGUGGGUCACCCUGACCUGGAGGGAGUACUACCAGCAGUGCAGAGCGGCGGCCAAGAGCUUCCUCAAGUUGGGUCUGGAGCGUUACCAUGGCGUCGGUAUUCUGGGCUUUAACUCUCCCGAGUGGUUCAUCUCAGACAUCGGCUGUAUCCUGGCUGGGGGCUUUGCUGCAGGCAUAUACACCACCAACUCCCCCGAGGCGUGUCAGUAUGUGGCAGACAACUGUGAGGCCAACGUCCUGGUGGUGGAGAACCACAAACAGCUCCUCAAAAUCCUCCAGAUUAAGGACCAGCUUCCACACUUGAAAGCUAUUGUUCAGUACAAGGAUGAACUUCAACAGAAGUUGCCAAACCUGUACACUUGGGCUGAGUUUAUGAAGCUGGGUGAGGAGGUGUCUGAUGAACGGCUAGAUGCUGUGGUGGACAGUCAGAGGGCUAACCAGUGUUGUACGCUCAUCUACACCUCUGGAACCACAGGCAACCCCAAAGGGGUGAUGCUAAGCCAUGACAAUAUCACCUGGACUUCAAAUGCGGUCGGAGCCAUGACAAGUCUGCAACAUGGUGUGGAGUGCGUGGUGAGCUACCUGCCCCUGAGCCAUGUAGCUGCCCAGGUCAACGACAUGUGGAUCUGCAUGAGAUUUGCAGGGGCAACGUAUUUCGCAGAACCAGACGCCCUGAAGGGCUCUUUGGGGACUACUCUGAAAGAGGUGCGCCCCACAAGUUUCCUGGGAGUUCCCCGUGUGUGGGAGAAGAUGCAGGAGAAGAUGAAAGCCAUCGGUGCCAAGUCCUCUGGUAUGAAGAAAAGAGUGGCUGACUGGGCCAAAUCCAUCGGAUUGCAAGCCAGCUACAGUGCCAUGAAUGGUGAGAACCUGGUGCCCUGGGGCUUCAUGCUGUCAAACAACCUGGUGUUUAAGAAAGUUCGCUGGGCCUUGGGUCUGGACCGCUGCAAGAACUGCUUAACAGGGGCCGCACCCAUCACUAAGGAGACUCUGGAGUACUUCAUGAGCCUUAGCCUCCCGCUGUAUGAGCUGUAUGGGAUGAGUGAAAGCACCGGCCCUCACACCAUCUCCUGGGGGAAUAACUUCAAGAUCAUGAGCUGUGGAAAGGUGGUGGUUGGCUGCCAGACCAAGUUGGACAAGCCAGACGAGGAUGGGAAUGGUGAGAUCUGUUUCUGGGGGCGUCAUGUGUUCAUGGGCUACCUGAAUGAGCCAGAGAAGACUGAGGAGGCCCUGGACCAGGAGGGUUGGCUGCACUCUGGAGACCUGGGCAGGCACGACAAGGACAACUUCCUAUUCAUCACAGGGAGGAUAAAGGAGCUGAUCAUAACAGCAGGAGGAGAGAACAUCCCACCUGUACCCAUUGAGGAUGCAGUGAAAGCAGAGAUCGCCAUCAUCAGCAACGCCAUGUUGCUCGGAGACAAGCUGAAAUUCCUCUCCAUGAUGCUCACGCUCAAAUGUAUAGUCGACGACAAUGGCGAGCCGACGGACGAGCUGACCCCAGAGGCUGUGGCGUUCUGCCAUCAGCGUGGCAUAACGGCAACCAAGGCCUCUGAGAUCAUAGCCAGUAAGGAACCAGCUAUUUACAAGGCCAUCCAGGAGGGCAUAGAGCGUGUUAAUGCUAAGGCAUCCUCCAAUGCCCAGAGGGUCCAGAAGUGGGUCAUUUUGGACAGAGAUUUCUCUAUAUCUGGGGGAGAACUGGGACCUACCAUGAAGCUAAAGAGGGGGGUUGUUGUCAAAAUGUUCCAGGAGAAAAUCAACAAGAUUUAUGGAAUGGCACAAGAAUAACAGAGGAACUCAACAUGGACUAGAGAACACUUGAGGACUGUAGUUAAUGGACUAUUAAAUGCAUCUGUAGACAUUUGAAUGUGUCUCGUUUUCCAGUAACUAGAGAAUUAUUCCAUUGGUAUCUGCUCCAUAUCAAUAUUUAAGCUGUUUUAAUGUACAUAAGAUUUCACAGCAUUGAUAUUUGCACUUUUUUUGUAAAUAAACCUUAUAAUCAUCAUUGCCAAAUCUAGUGUCCACAACUGUAAAAGCAUUUUGUGCUUCUUGUAAGCUACACUGCAAAAAUGAACUAUUAUUGCAACCAUGGCAAUAGUUUAUCAUAUCACUAUCAUAGGCUUUUUAGUUUAUUAUUUGUUAAAUAUAUGAACAUGUUUGCAAAAACCACUCUCAAAAUGUGUCAGGAGAAUCUAAGGAGAUACCAAGGAGAAUCUAAAUUUAGCAAUGCUAUACUGUACCCACUUCAAGUAAAGGAGAAUGCCUCAAAACAAAAUCAUUGUAUCAUUAAUGUAAUGUUUGUCAAGUGAUUCCAUCAAUAUUUGGAUGGUAUACUGUAAUGUUUUCAUUUUAUUUUAGCCAAUUAUUUCCCAUGUACAUUAUAAUCAAUAUUAAAAUGUUUAUUUUUAUGUGUUAAAUGAACAUGAUCAAUAAAAGCAAAAAGCAAACAAACUGUUCUGGACCCCCCCAAAAAACAUCACGUUGGUAGUAUCUCACACGCACCGUCUUUGUUGUUUCAUUUGAACAGCAAUUAUGAAUUUCCUCAUCAGAGGACGGUGCCUGUGAUGUGACAGCUACUGUAUGACGUCAUAGAAACCAUUUGACAAGAGGUUCUGCUGAGAUAGCUCAUGCUGAACUAGAUACGUACUGUAUGUUCUUAUAGAUUUCCUACGAAUGUCUGCUACUUGUCUUUUACAGGUGACCCCUUAAUUAUUGAAACCUCCAUCCUGAGUAAAUUAGGCAAGAGCCUAUUCGGUUGAUGGGGAACUCCCUGGACAGUGGUCUUAUAAUGCUAUGUAUUACAAACUGGGAUACAUACCUCACCAUGAGGUGUUGUGGAAAAGUGAUGUAUUACAGUGACACUGAGUACCAGUGUGGUUGGUCCUCCUGAAGUACUGUAUCAAAACCUACUGAUGUCACCAAACUACAGGAGCCCACUGUAAAGUUUGUAAUUAUGGUAACUGAAGCCAUAAGCGUGGAGGUUCCACACAAAUAGGUGUCCUUUAAAUUCUUAUAAUACUAGAAUUACCAUUGAAUUAUCCCUAGUUUUGCUACCAUGCUGUGUUGUUGUCUUAGGUCUCUCUUUUUUGUCUUAGGUCUCUCUUUAUGUAGUGUUGUGGUGUCUCUCUUGUUGUGAUGUGUGUUUUGUCCUACCUUUUAAUUUUUCAUCCCAGACCCCUUCCCAAGCAGGAGGCCUUUUCCCUUUUGGUAGGGCGCCAUUGUAAAUAARAAUUUGUUCUUAACUGACUUGCCUAGUUAAAUAAAGGUUCAAUAAAAUACAAGUUCAA